AUGGCCGCAGAGGGACCCGUCUUCUUCUGGAAGGAAACUGAGGCUGAAACUGGGUUCCUCUCGCCCUGGUACAAGACCAGAUUCAAAGAGGGCCACCAGCACUACCAGUCGGCUGGACACAUGGUCUUAGGCGAAAAGGCGAAAUUGUUCGGAGACACGGUAAUAACCCGACCCAUCUAUCGUAUGCAGACAGCUGACAAGAAGCAGGAAGCAUUCGAGCGCAUCAUCGCAGCUGAGACUAUAGACGAGCAGAUUCGAUCCGCCGACGGAAUUCAAGGCUACGACGAACAAGUGUGGCUAGAAAUACUCAUUGUUAACGCUAUCCCAGACGCCCUUCCCAUCUGUGAACAUGCCAACCUCUUGAAAUUCAUCUUCAGCUACGAGUAUUGGGAUGUACGAGACCCGCUGCUGGCGCUCGGUACACGGGAGCUCGUCUACGCUUGUCCCACAGAUCGUAUUCUGGGGAUCGGCUUCGGGCCUGAAGAAGCGAGAAGCACAGUGAGGGAGCAAUGGGGAAGGAACAUCUUUGCGAGGGGCGUGGAUAUUGCGAGGAGUAAGGCGUAG